UAAUAAAUAAUCCAGUCAUGUUCUAAUGACUCAUCUAAUUAUUAUUUUUAUAAAAUAAUUUAAGAUCAAGUUCUGAUAACGAUAACUUGUCAUUCCGAGUUAUCACGUGGUUCUGUAAGCGCUUAUAUAAUUUAUCCAGUGGCUCAUAUAUUUUUGAGUUUACUUGCAAUCAGUCACGUGAAAGUAAUUCGCUAAUUAAAAAAUUAAUAUAAACAAUUAAAAAAAUCUCAUUACUUGUUUUAAAAAAAAAAAUUUUUUCCGCCAAAUUUGAAUAAUUUAAAAAGUGAACAUGGGUUCGAAAAGUGUUUUGUAUAAUACUGGGAAUAUUCUUUCGUUAAAUAAAUUAAAAUUAAAAGCGGGCAAGACGUCAGAGGAAGAGCUUGUCGAGGCUCUCAAAAUAAUUCUCCAGGAUCCUCAAAAUACAAGUGGAAAUGAUGUAAUUAAUGCAGGUGGUGGUGACAGAAAGGAAUUAAAAAUAACAGUAAAAAUAUUCAUGCAAUCUGAUGAUCCUGAAUUACUUAGAGAUGCUUUAGAUCAAAUACUCAAAGAUCUACAUACUGACAAUAUUGAGACUCUGAUUCUUGCGUACGGUGAAGCUAAAAACAUUGAAAAAGAACUAGAGUCACUACAAAAAUUAUGGCCAGUGCUAGAAGAAUUUAUUAAUGCAGGAAAACUUAUGUCUGUUGGUGUCAGCAAUGUUGAUACUGGGAUUUUUAUAAAAUUAUACGAGUGGGCAAAUGUAAAGCCGACAAUUGUACAAAUAAAUCUAGCAAUGUGUUGUGUCGUCCCACCAAUUCUUCAAGCAUUUACACAACAACAUUACAUUCAAUUAUUAACACACAAUGAUCCUUAUCAAAUACUAAAUAAAGAAUUGUUCGUUGAAUUGUUCGGCAAUGAGGCGACACUAAAUUGGGUCGCUAAAUAUCAAGUGCACAUCAAGUGCCGCGGAGUUCUGUCAUCAAAAGGAUAUUUUGUUAAUGUUAACAAAUAAUUUAUUAAUUAUACUACUCAAUAAUUUCAUUUAAUUUUCAAUACUUGAUUAUAUUUUUUUUAUUAUAUUUAUAUUUAUACAUAUACAGAUAUAUAUUUUCAUUAUAACUAUUCCAUAGCACUUUGACAGCAUUAAAUGUAUGAUAAGUAAAUUGUAAUUAAAAUAUACUUUUAUAGAAUAAUUUUAUGAUUUAGUAUUAUAAAAAAAAUCAUGUCUAUCUUUUUUUUUUAUUGUAGAAAGUGUAAAAAAUUAUGUAAUAAAAAUUGAUAACUGAAA